UGUUCCAGAUUUUUCCACAACCUUCUUCUCAUCCUGUGGGCUGCCUUAUAUUCCCUCUAAUUCUUUUUCUAACUCCAUUAUUGAUCUUGUAAAUUCAGUUUUUCCAAAGCCUUUUUUAACUUUUCUCGUCUUUCUAUUGCUGCUAUGGCCUCUGAAGCUGAUACCCAGAUUUCUUCUCUUUUUGAGCGACUGUUGAGGCACAGAGACAUGUCUCUGUUUCUUCCCUUCAUUUUAGGUUUCACUGGGAGCAUGACAACGAGAGAGACUAAUCCAGAGCAGCCGGAUCAAGAUUCGAGUGAGAGAAUUAUUCUGAUUAAUCCCUUAACCCAGGGUAUGGUCGUGAUUGAAGGAACCUCGAACUUGGAUUCAUUUUUGCGGAAUUUAGCAGCGAAAGAUGGUCAACCGCCAGCUUCUAAGGCGUCUGUGGAGGCCAUGCGGAGUUUCAAGAUUGGUGAAAGUGAAGAAGGAAAAGAAAAGGAAGUGGGUGAAUGUGUUGUAUGUUUAGAAGAAUAUGAGGCUGGUGAGAUUGCGAAAGAGAUGCCAUGUAAACACAAGUUUCAUGCCAAGUGCAUAGAGAGUUGGCUUGGAAUUCAUGGGUCCUGUCCUAUAUGUAGGUACAAGAUGCCUGUCGAUGAAGAUGAAAUUGGUUACAAAAGAGAUGAGCAAAGGAGAGAAAUUUGGGUAAGUUUUUCUUUUAACGGUGGUAGGAGAAGUGAGGAUUCGGAUUCUGAUGAUAAUCAAAAUCAGAAUCAAACUUCUUCACCUGCAGCCAAUUCUGAUUCUUUUGACGUCUCUGCUUCGCCAAGUUCUUCGCCUGAUCAGGGAUCAGAAAAUUAAACCAAUUUUUUAUAAGAUAUUUUUAUUUUUACCUUGUGUUUUCCCCUCCUUAUCAUAUGUACAGUACAGUUAUAAUUUUGCGUAUGUUAGUAAUAUUGGGUCCAUUUAUCGCAA